UCAACAGUGUCACAGUCCAUGUCAGUCAUUUUUGUUGAUGACUUUUGCUCACAGACCUCUUUGGUGAUCUGGCAUACCACCAGUGGUCCCCAGACCACAGUUUGAGAAUCACUACUUUAGACAAACCAUCUAAUCUGAGUGAACAUGAAUGAAAAUGUUAUCAUUCUUGAGGUGGACUUUGUUUUGAUUUUAUUUUUUUAUAAUUUCAGGAGGGCACCAAGGAACUUAAUUUAAGGAACAUGCUUUCUGUGUCAAUGGAUGGACCUGCAGUAAAUUGGAAGUUCAUGGAUCUCCUACAACUGGAACAUGCAGAACAGUUUGGGGGGAUUCAACUCCAAGUGGUAGGAAGCUGUGGUAUCCACACCCUACACAAUUCAUUUAAAGGUGGAUUUGAGGUGUGGCAUGUAGAAAAGGUGCUGAGAUCUCUCCACUAUCUCUUCAAUAAUGCCCCAGCAAGAAGAGAGGACUUCACAUCUGCAACACUGUCAUCCACAUUCCCCUUAUCCUUCUGUGGCCAUCGCUGGCUCGAAAAUGUGCCUGCUGCAGAGAGGGCCAUUGAAAUUUGGCCCUCUAUUGAGAAGUUUGUUGACCAAGUGUCAACAAAGAAGGUGAAGAACCAAGGAAAUGCAUCAUUCGACACCCUCUCUGAGGCAAGAAAGGAUCCUCUUAUCUGUGCCAAACUCCACUUCUUUGUGUUCAUAGCAAGAGUCUUUCAACCAUUUCUGGAAAAAUAUAAAAAAGAUGCUCCCAUGAUGCCCUUCCUGUGGAAUGACUUGGAGGAUUUGAUAAGGAGCCUUCUCAAACGAUUCAUCAAGCGCGAUGCUUUGCCCUCGAGUCCAUAUAAGCUAGUGAGGCUCGAUGUCACAGACCAGAAGCUUUGGCUUGGCACAAAUGAUGUUGACAUUGGCAUGGGUGCAGCAGCUGUUAUCAAGGUGGGUGUGUUCAGUUUCAUCAAAGUAGUUCACAAUGACAUGUAGAUAUCAACACUGGAUAAGUGCCCUCUAAAAUAUGCCACUGUCCAUAACAUGAUGUGCCUGGACCCAAGAAAAAUGUAUUCCAGCCCUGACGAAUGCCUACAGAAACUGAAACGCCUCAUUGAGAAGUUUGUGCUGGACAAACAGUUGACAGGCGGGAUAUCUUCUGGUAAAUUAUAGGAAUAAGAAUAGAAUGGCACUCACUGUUUACACACUUCCUUCCAUUUGUAUCAGUCAAGACCAAUACCUAUAACACUGUAACAUAAAAUUCAACAUGUAUUCCCAUUUCUGUGUACAUAUUUGAUACUAUUCACUGACUUCAAAUGAUCAGGUAAAGGUAAAGUUAUGUAGUCUACUAUUUAAACAGGCCAUUCCACAAAAAAAAAAAACUACACUUGUUUUUUUGUUUUGUUUUUGCAUGUGUUUUUUUAAAAAUAGGGCAGGUUGGCAUGACCUGAGUGCAAACCAAUGAGCUACAGAACCCAGGCAUUUUUCUUUGUAAAAAUAUUACUCAUGAAAGGGAUUAACAGAAAAUAUAUGGAAUCAGUGUGGAUUGGUCUCUUUAAAAGAACGCAACUUUGCCUUUUAUGUUGUGAUGCUAAUUUUUUAUUCACACUGGCUCAAUUCGAGAAAUUUGCAUAUCUUUGGAGAAUGAUGCAGAUAGAAUGGCAGAGCAAGCCGAAAGUUCAGGUGGUAGUAAAAUGGCCACAUUGAUCACAGAAUCCAAUUCUUUGAGGAGACGAGCUAAAGAUAAACAUAAAGAACUAAUUGAGUUGGAUGCAGAAAUUGAAAACAAGAUUGUAGAAUUAACAAAACUGUCAUGAGGGCUUUGAGUUUGAGAACUUAAAUGUUGAAGGUUUACAUGUACCUUUAGUGAUUUAUUUGGAUUAUUUGCUGAAUGUUACUGUCUGGGCCUAGAAAAUCAGUUCCUUUUUUGUUUGAUCAGCACUGUGGCUUUAUAGGUAAGUCCGAAGCUGUUUCUCUAUUAUUUGUCUUCCCAUGUAAGCAUGACUGUUUUCAUGCUAUUCUGUUUGUAUACUGUUAUACAUGUAUAUCUUUGAAUUGCCAGAUUGGCAUUAUUAUUGAGCAUAUUGGAAGUU